AUGUUGAGAUCAACUGAACAGAACUUCAAGUGCUUUAAUAAACGCAUUGUUCAUAGUUUAAAUAUUUGUCUCAUCAUCUUAAACUUUUUUGCAAGUCUUUUGUGUCAAGAUAAGGAUACACUUGAUGCUGAGAUGGAAAUUCCUUCAAAAUAUUUUCAUUUGAUAUUUUGGAAUUUGAAAAGUUGGCAAAUAGAGCAAUAA